AUGCCAUUCGGAUUAACUAACGCACCAGCUGCUUUCAUGGAUUUAAUGCAGAGAGUCUUUAAAAAGUACUUGGAUCAGUUUGUAGUAGUUUUUAUUGAUGAUAUCCUAGUAUAUUCUAAGACUCGAGAAGAACAUGUUCAACACUUGAAAAUGGUUCUGCAGAUCUUAAGAGAGCAUAAGUUGUAUGCUAAAUUUAGUAAGUGUGAAUUUUGGCUGGAUGAAAUUUCGUUUCUGGGGCACAAAGUUUCGAAAGAUGGAAUUGCUGUAGAUCCGGCAAAAGUUGAGGCAGUCACAAUGUGGAAACAGCCAGAAACUCCAACCAAGGUUAGAAGUUUCUUGGGUCUAGCAGGUUACUACAGGCGAUUCAUUAAGGACUUUUCAAAGAUUGCUGGACCUAUGACAGAACCGACAAAGAAAAAUAAUAAGUUUAUUUGGUCUCCAAAGUGCGAAUCCGGUUUUCAGGAGUUAAAAAGGCGCUUAGCAUCAGCUCCUGUUUUGACGUUGCCUAAUGGAGUAGAGGUUAUGUCGUAUACUCUGAUGCCUCUAGGGAAGGUGUAG